AUGCGUCGCGCAUUCACCCGCGGCCUGGGCGCCUCAAGCCGCUCUACUGCUGCUAUCUCUCGAUCCUCUAUCCUCACCUCCAGCGGCCCAUCCCACGUCGCUGCCAGGCGCAUUCAUGCGACUUCCAAGCAGCUCCAGCCUGUGACAGCUGCUCUGGCCUCUACUGCCAACAGCUACCCUACCACACACGCCAAGGUCGAGGUCGUCGAUACUCCCUACUUCAUCGACAACAAGUUCGUUUCCUCUUCGGCCGAUAAGUUUAUUGACUUGCACGACCCUGCUACCAACGAGCUCGUCACUCGCGUUCCUCAGAUGACCGACGCCGAGAUGAAGGCUGCUGUCGAGAGCGCUGAGAAGGCUUUCAAGUCAUGGAAGAACACUACUGUCAUUUCUCGACAGCAGAUCAUGUUCCGCUUUGUUCAGCUCAUCCGUGAGAACUGGGACCGUCUGGCUGCCAGCAUCACUCUCGAGCAGGGCAAGACCUUCGCUGAUGCCCGAGGUGAUGUCCUCCGAGGUCUCCAGGUCGCUGAGGCUGCCAUUGCCGCCCCUGAGCUUCUCAAGGGUGAAGUCCUCGAGGUUUCCAAGGAUAUGGAGACUCGAACCUACCGCGAGCCUCUUGGUGUUACGGCUGCUAUCUGCCCUUUCAACUUCCCUGCUAUGAUUCCCCUCUGGUGCAUUCCCAUCGCUACUAUCACCGGUAACACUCUUAUCCUCAAGCCUUCCGAGCGUGAUCCUGGUGCUGCCAUGAUCAUUGCCGAGCUUGUCCAGAAGGCUGGCUUCCCUGAGGGUGUUGUCAACAUUAUCCAUGGUGCUCACCGUACCGUUGACUUCAUCCUUGACGAGCCCGCUAUCAAGGCUAUCAGCUUCGUUGGUGGCAACAAGGCUGGCGAGUACAUCUACAGCCGUGGAUCUGCCAACGGCAAGCGUGUUCAGGCCAACUUGGGUGCCAAGAACCACGCUGUCGUCUCCCCUGACGCCAAUAAGAACCAGUUCAUCAACUCCAUUGUUGGUGCUGCUUUCGGCGCUGCCGGCCAGCGCUGCAUGGCCCUGAGCACACUCGUCAUGGUCGGUGAGACCAAGGAGUGGCUCAACGAUGUUGCUGAGCAGGCCAAGAACCUCAAGGUUGACGGUGGUUUCGAGGAGGGAGCCGAUCUCGGUCCUGUCAUCACUCCCCAGAGCAAGGAGCGCAUUGAGAAGCUUAUCGAGUCCGCUGAGAAGGAGGGUGCUACUAUCCUUCUCGACGGCCGUGGUUACAAGCCUAGCAAGUACCCCAACGGUAACUGGGUUGGACCUACCAUCAUUACCAACGUUACCCCUGACAUGACCUGCUACAAGGAGGAGGUCUUCGGUCCCGUCCUUGUCUGUCUCAACGCCGAGUCCAUUGAUGAUGCGAUCGACCUUGUCAACAAGAACGAGUACGGUAAUGGUACUGCCAUCUUCACCCGAUCUGGCGCUACUGCCGAGACCUUCCGCAAGCACAUUGAGGCCGGUCAGGUCGGUAUCAAUGUUCCCAUCCCCGUCCCCUUGCCCAUGUUCUCUUUCACUGGUAACAAGAAGUCCAUUGCUGGUGGUGGUUCCAACACUUUCUACGGAAAGCCUGGCAUCAACUUCUACACCCAGCUCAAGACUGUUACAGCCCUGUGGCAGAGCUCUGAUGCCGUCGCUAAGAAGGCUGAUGUUGCUAUGCCCACCCAGCAAUAA